UGUGGUUCAGUUUUGGUAAGUUUCUUGAUAUGGUGCAAAAGGGUAGGUUGGGCAAUGGAAAAAGGGUUUGAAAAUGAAUAAAAGAAAAGGGAGAUUGAGUGGGGAAUAAAUACAGAAACGGGCAAGUGUGGCAUGUUACAUGUUCUCUUUCUCUCUCUUGCAUGCACAUCUUUAAUUAAACCUCAAUAAAUUCAAAUUUUAAUUCUUUUUACGGUUUCCGUAAAAAGGGAAAUAAAAGAAACCCCCCAAUUUUAUUUUUUUUUUGACUUUUUAUUAUUUGUUCUACAUUUUUAUAUCUCUCGGUGGAGGAAUGCUUGUCACCUACUCCUCUCAUACUUGGUACUCCAUCCCUUCCCUCUCUCCCUCUCUCUCUCUCUCUCUCUCAAAGCGCAACACAACAGCAAUAAUCAGAGCAGCGCAAUUGAAUUCACCAAAAUGCGAAUACUCUCUUGAACUCCGUUCCGUUGAUUCGCCAUGGACAAGCACAAGUGCAAGCUUUGCUUCAGGAGCUUCUCCAAUGGCAGAGCCUUGGGGGGUCACAUGCGCUCUCACAUGAUGAACCUUCCUCUCUCCAAGCCCGAAGAAGCGUCACCGCGAACCAUCCAACUCAGCUUCGAAGCCGAAUCAGCUUCUUCCUCUUCCUCAUCAUCCGAUGAUGACGAAGACGGUGACAAGGGUCUCUGUUAUGGCCUCAGAGAGAACCCCAAACGAAGCAUUCGCCUCGUGGAUCCCGAAUUCUCGUUCGCAGCUGCAGACACUGGCUCCGCGAUCCUCCAUGACAGAGAGAGCGAGUCCGAGUCAUCCAAGAGCAACCCAACUCGUAAAAGAUCCAAAAGGCCAUGGAAUAAUAACAAUAAUAAUAAUAAUAAUAUUAAUAGCAGCAAUUAUUAUUAUUAUAAUGAUCAUAAUAAUGAUACUAACAACUAUACCACCCCCAGCAUCAAGAAGCAAGUUUUCGGAACCGAACAUGAAACCCUGAUGAAGAAGAAGAGUAAGACAGAAUCGUGGGUGGAUCACGAACCUGCGAGCUCGGUCUCCGAAGCAACUACCGAGGAAGACGUGGCGUUUUGUCUGAUGCUGCUUUCGAGGGACAAAUGGAAGCGACAUAAGGACCAACCGCAAUUCAUGGAGGUGGAAGAUCAAUAUGAGGAGGAGGAAGAGGAAGAGGAGGAAGAAGAGGAGGAAGACGAAGCAUUCGAGGAGAGCGAGGAAUCGCAAGAGACGAUGAAACUUUGCAAGAACCGAGUACGAGGAAGGUACAAAUGUGACACGUGCAACAAGGUGUUUCGAUCGUACCAAGCUUUGGGGGGCCACCGAGCGAGUCACAAGAAGAUCAAAGUGAACGUGAAAGUGGACGGUGAAGAAGCGGAAGUUGAGCACAGGAAGAAAAGUGGAACGUGUGGGGCGGAGAAGAAAAUCCACGAGUGCCCCGUUUGUUUCAGAGUCUUCGCUUCGGGUCAAGCACUUGGAGGACACAAGAGAACCCAUGUUACUGGGUCAGCACCCGCAACAGUUGCAUCAGCUUCAGCAAAGUUUGGAAACAGCUUCAUAGAUCUCAACCUGCCCGCUCCGAUUGACGAAGACGAGGCUAGCCAAAUCGAGAACUCUGCUGUUUCCGAUGCGGAAUUCGUCAAAACCCGAUAGAUUCAGAGGAACUUUUCUUUUCCCCCUUGCUAAGGAGCAAGUAGUGCAGAAGAAUUGGCCGCAUGCGUGUUUUAAUGGGCUCUGUUUCAGCUUCCAAGCAAAUACAAAGUAACACUUCUAGUUUUCCACUUCUGACUUCAAGGAACAUUGUACAGUUCCAUGAAAAGAUACGUGUUUCCCUCAUCGUUCUUUAAAAUUCUUUCAUUAUCAUUCUUAAAUUCCCCUCUGGCAUUUAAGAAGUUCGUAUCUUUUUCCCCUUUUCUUCCUUUUAUAUUUUUUUUUUCUACUGAAUGGAAAUUAUGUCCCCCAAGUUCUUUUUUCUACUUUUUGAUUCCAACUUUUCAACACAUCUUUGUAGCUAGUAGAGGUUGCAAGGUGAAUCAGAAGAUUAAUUGCUUCGAUUUAAUCUGAUUGUCUUUGAUGGUGAUUUGUGUAGUUGUGUUAUUGGUAUUUCCCUGUUCCUUAUUUAUUUGCUGAUAUUAGAUCAAUUUGUUUCUUUAGGAGGGACUUGAAGCAGAUCCCUAAUUAGACGUAACUUGAGUUAUAAAGCUCAAGCAGGUCUUUGGUGCUU